GAGGAUCCGAAAAGAAAGGAGGUAUGUGGGUACGAGUUCUGAAAUUUUAUUUGUCUCUUUAUUUCAGACAUCUCUUUGUUUUGCUUUCGCUUGUGUAUUGGUUGAUUUCUUCUUAUUCUGAGACAGGAGAAGGAAGAACUGCCGAGGAAUCCAAGUUCCUCCCAGGAACGGCGAUUCCUCUUUCCUGCUUUUUUUAAACUUUCUCCCUCUCAGGUUUUAUCAAAAGAAGGUGAUCACUGUUUUACCAUGGAUCGAGGUUCAUGUUAAAUAUAUAUAUAUAUAAGUAGGUGCAUUAUAUCUAGCAGAUUAGGGUGAGAAACGAUCUAUUUCUCCAUUCAUUGAUCUAUCACUGGGCCUGAAACAACAAUGAUUGGAGGAUUUGUACAAAAAGUCAUUGGAGGCUGUGCCUCCAAUCCAAACAGGAAGAGGAACAGUAUCCAUAAAAGAGAAAAAAAACAUUUUAGAAAACGCAAGGGAAGUGUUUCCACUUCACCCGCUGCCUUGCCUGUCAGAAGAUCUAGCAAUGCUGGAAGCCGUGUGGGAGACUUUCCUUUUUCUGACUCUAUGGACUCUGAGAACGCUGCUCCAACCACUUACCGGAAAUCUGAUGUUUCUAACAAAAAAUUUUAUCACAGUCAUAGCAAAAAACAUCUGAAUGGAAAAAGUAGUGAGGAUGCCUGGUUUGAUUCAGUUAGCAGUAUAGAGUCUGAUUCGGAUGAUGAUUUCAUUAGUGUUCUUGGAGAUUGUUUUCCCUUUGUCAGUAAUGCUUUGGGAAGUGCCCCGAACACUCAGUCACUCCAGCAUGAAAAUGAAUCAUACGUUGUAGAUUCAGAAUGUAGAUAUGAUGGGUUGAAUGAAAGCUGCAUUAAAGGUGCAUCCGAGAGAUUGUAUCGUCCAAGAACUGGGCUUCAGAUUCUACAUACAACUGAAGAGAAACCAUGCCCUGGUUCCUGGUCCGUAGUUUCACCUUCAGUUUUCAGCCUCCGUGGAGAGAAUUUUUUCAGAGAUAAGCAGAAGUGUCCUGCUCCAGAUUUUAGCCCUUAUGAACCAAUAGGUGUUGAUUUAUUUGCCUGUCCCCGCAAGAUAAAUCACAUUGCUAAGCAUCUUGAACUUCCGCCUCUAAAAGAACAUGACAACGUACCUUCCCUUCUAAUUGUUAACAUACAGUUACCAACGUAUCCUGCUAGAGUGUUCCUUGGUGAUGCUGAUGGCGAAGGCUUGAGCCUUGUAUUAUAUUUUAAAUUGUCUGAGAAUUUUCAAACAGAUACUUCUCCACACUUUCAGGAUAGCAUCAAGAGACUAAUAGAUGGUGAGAUGGAAAAGGUGAAAGGGUUUGCAAAGGAAAACAUGGUUCCCUUUAGUGAAAGGCUAAAAAUUUUGGCUGAGGUAGUUAAUCCAGAGGACCUUGAGCUAAAUUCUGCAGAGAAAAAGCUUAUACAUGCCUACAAUGGAAAGCCAGUACUUUCACGCCCUCAACACAGUUUCUUUAAGGGACCUAACUACUUUGAGAUUGACUUGGAUAUACAUCGCUUUAGCUAUAUAUCAAGGAAAGCACUUGAUUCACUUCGAGACCGUACAAAAAAUGUUGUACUUAAUUUAGGCUUAACUAUCCAGGCUCAGAAGCAGGAGGAACUGCCAGAGCAAGUCUUAUGCUGCUUACGGCUUAAUAAAAUUGAUUUUGUUAACCAUGGUCAAAUUCCUACCAUUGUAGCUAAUGAUGAUAAUUAAUUCAUGUAGGCAUCAGGUUUUUAAAUUGGGAUAAGACCCACAUGAUCAUCAAAGGCGGGAAAGAAAAGACAAGAUUGGGUGCUGAGUCUAUACUUAACAAUGGAGGCAAAAGAAGAGAAUCUGUGCUUUCUCUCACAUAUGCAAGAUUUUUGUUUUCUUUUAGUGUAUUAAAGUCCUGAAUCUAUGUCUUUCUUGCACCUUUGAUAUCCCAUAGAUCAUAGAUUCUGAGGAAUGUUUAUGGUGAUGCUGAAAAUCAGGCUCCCUGAGGUUGCCAGAGGAGGAGAUGCUCAGUAGAAAGCAUUCAUUUUUUUAUCAGUUGUGAUUUAUCAAAAUUG